AUGUCUUUCACAACCAUUCUGUCCUUCACCCUAUACCGAGGAAGAGUCUUUCUUAAAAAUGCACAAAAACACAGAUUUAAAGUUCUGGGUGUUGGUAUAGGAAGCAGUUUACUUGGCUAUCUAAAUUCAUGUAAAGUGUAUGCUAAAGGUAGAACUGAUUUAAAUGAUUUAAAAGCAGGUUGGAUGGCCGAACCAUUAACAGAUAUCAAUACAUUGGACCAGGAAUCUGAUGAUAUGAAACGUAGAAUGGAGAUGAUGAUAAUGAGAAUACAGGGUGAUAUAUGUAGAUCAUUUGAAAGGAUAGAAGGAAAAAGGAAAUUUUUAGUAGAUAGAUGGGAGAGAAAAGAGGGAGGUGGAGGUAUAACAUGUGUAUUACAAGAUGGGGAAGUGUUUGAGAAAGCUGGUGUUAAUAUAUCAGUGGUUUAUGGUAAACUCCCUCCUGCUGCUGUACAACAGAUGAAAUCCAGAGGAAAAAAUCUCGUAGGAACAGAGCUGCCAUUUUUUGCUGCAGGAAUUAGCUCUGUUGUUCAUCCUAAAAAUCCUCACGUACCAACAGUCCAUUUUAAUUACCGAUAUUUUGAGGUGACGUGUGAAGAUGGUAGUAAACAAUGGUGGUUUGGUGGUGGUACUGAUCUCACACCAUAUUAUCUUGAUACACAGGAUGUAAAACAUUUUCAUCAAACAUUAAAAACAGCGUGUGAUAAACAUGGGCAAGAUUUAUAUAAAAGAUAUAAAAAAUGGUGUGAUGAAUAUUUCUAUAUUACACAUAGAGGUGAAUGUCGAGGAGUUGGUGGAAUAUUUUUUGAUGACGUUGAAGAACCAAAUCAAGAAGGUGCUUUUAGAUUCGUUACAUCCUGUGCUGAAUCAGUAUUACCAUCCUAUGCUCCUAUAGUUAGAAAACAUAAAGAUGAUGCUUAUACUGCUGCUGAAAGACAAUGGCAGUUAUUACGACGAGGACGUUAUGUAGAGUUUAAUCUAAUCUAUGAUAGAGGAACUAAGUUUGGUCUGUAUACACCUGGUGCUAGAUAUGAGAGUAUUUUAAUGUCUUUACCUUUAACAGCUAGAUGGGAAUACUGUCAUGCCCCAGAGAAAGGUUCUAGAGAAGAUGAACUCAUGAAAAUAUUAAAGAAUCCUAAAGAGUGGCUUUAAAGAAUUGCUCAGAUAUAGGCAUUAUAUAAACAUAUCAUUAUAUUAGUUAUUAAUCUUAUUGAAGAUUUGUCUUAAUCACUGAGCUCUGAUUGCUGACAUGGACUGGGCUAAAAUCAAAUAAAAAGGGUUUUCAAUAUCCUGAAUCUCAUAAAACAUAUUUCAAACUUUUGCUUAGUUAUUGUAAUAUUGCUACAAACUGUAAAAUAUGUUAUUGUGAAAACUGAAUAUUCAAUUUAAUUUUUGUUACCUUGGUGAUUAAGAUAAAUGGAUUGCUUUGCUCUCUAGUCCUGUAACGUGCCUAAUUAAAGUAUCAUAUAGCUGUGUCUCCCGGUGAUUUUAGGGUAUGCGAGUGUUUGUUUGUUUUGUAUUGUUGGUUUUAAGUGUUAUAUUGUUAAGAAAAAUAGAUGUUAUAUGUGUGACUGAAGAAAUAAAGUGGCAUUCCAGCAUUUAAAUUUUUUUUUGUGUUUAGGAUACUGAGUAUAUAAAGUCCAGUUAGGAAAUGAAAUUGAAACAUGAUAUUCUAGUAGAUCUAUCGUGUUUUAUGUUAUUUUUUUUUUAUGUACUGUUUAUGACAUGUCAGUAUUGUUUGAAUGAAGUCCCAUAGUGCUAAGAGCCAGUUGAAUUUGUUAAACAUUUUGUCAAAAUCAAAUUUUUAUAAGAAUAUUAUAUUUUAAUAAAGUAUAUUUUUUGGAUGCUUAGUUUC